AUACUUUACAUCUCCUGAGAGGCGUCAACACCAUUAGCAUACCUAAGUAUUUAUUUCUUUGUCUUGAGCAGUGCCCUUGAACCUUACAAACCCGAUUUCAAUUAUCAUUAUUUAGUUAUAUCCAGCAAUCAUGAGCUCGUGGCUCAACACAACUGCGACGCUGCAGAAUGUAACAACUCUGCCCGCGGGAAUCACAAGUGCCAGAGCCCUAGAAAUCAUACAAAAUCACAAUCUUCACAUGCAGUGUGAUCCUCACAUGGUCAAGUUCGAGCCCAUUCCUAAGCCAUCAAAGGUUGAGUCGCCAACUAUCCCAGCCAACAGAGGGCUUGUCGCAAUAGGGGAGCCUGAGUACUACUCUGUGACGGAUAAGGUGCACACGCUCCCUGCUGGGCUGUGGGACUCUAAUGUUGAGAGCACAAAUGAGUUUGUGAACUUGGAAAAGGGCGUUUUCGUAAGGCUGUACAGCCCGCUCAAUGUGGUGAUGGAGACAGUCUGGACGGUGAGAGAGAAUGAGAGCGGCGGGAUAGAGCUCGUCGAGGAUGUUCUGAUCAAGGCAUCUAGACUGCUGGUUGGCACGGUGAAGAAUAUGUGCAGCCAAAACUGGACAACGUUUCACGGCAAGAUUGUGAAUCUGAUGAAGGAGAGUCCGGCGUCAUCAUAGAAGUAGGUGGGCAAAUGCAAUGCAUGUCAUCUUGUCAGCGUCUCAGCAAGGCGGGGGAAAGAAAUUACAUGUAUGCUUGCUCCUCGUUGCAAGGCAAAGCGCUGUAUUAAUGGGAUUCCCUUUUCUUCUCUUCUCUUUUCAUUUGAUGGCUCAAUCCUGCUUCGAAUAUUGGCAAUAGAAAUAUCCGAUAGACUUCUUUCUCUCUCG